AUGCAGAAAGAGAAAAGAUGCAGAGACGUUCCCGCGCAUGAAAGUGGAGACAUGAUUCUGAGAGAGGACUUUUUGGUGGGAGAAAAGCUCCUGCGGGAAAUAGAAAUCGGCCGCUCUGUAAUUGUGGUGGACCGGCCGUGCAAAGACUACUUGAACGACAUAGCGGCGGAAAUUUCUGCUGUGUACCCAAGCCAAGAAGUGGCGGUUGUCUGCGGACGCUCGGAGCCAGAAAAAUUCAAAGGAACCGUGGUCUGCCCGUACAGUGUGUACACGAGUAGGCCCUGGAUAAGCGAGGGGAAAGUGUGCUUUGUCUUUGUAAAUAUCAGAAAAACCCAGGACAAGCGAGCGAUUAUGCUGCAGAAAGCCGAAGCCGGCGAAGCAUUCUACUUCGUAAGCAACGUGUACAAGAUAGAGAGCAUGAAGGAGCUGGAGAAAGCCGGCAUUCCGCGGGUUCUUCCUGUGAAGACCGGGUUUGGCCUGGCCAGAAGCCCUGUCGCGUUUGCUCGGCGGCACGAGAUAAUAUUUUCAGGCGCGUCGCAUCUUAAAAGAAGCGCGUUUAUCAUCGCCUUGGAAAGAGACAUCACCGUGCCGUGCAUUGUGGUGGCAGACAGCGCGAGCGAAAUGGAAGAAGUGGAGGAGUGCAUAGAAAGAGUCCCGGCGCUCCGAGGAAAGUGCUCGCAAAGCAUGUGCGAGUAUGCGGAAAAAAAGAAGUGGGUGUGGAUCACAACGCAUGCAGACUUGAAGAAAAAAAUAGAGCAGGGCGGCCUGAAGCGGCUCAAAGAAAUAACCAGCUCGGUGAUAGCGUAUGCAGCAACAGACCGCACGCCGUACUUGCUAGACAUGCACAAAGUGUCGCAGAGUGUUUUUUCGGUGACCACAACAAAAGACAGGGGAAAAUCAAAAAAGAUCGUAGAAGUGCUUCCCCGGUACGGAAUCAUUUUGGAGGAGACUGCAGAGCACAUGAAAAACGCAUACAACGCAGAAAAAGAAAAGCGGGCUGCAGAAAACAUUGAGGAAAAGGCGCAAUAG